UCUUCCUUCUUCCCAACUCCCCCUCCACCCCUUUCUUCUACCGCCAUCUAUCUAGCCGGAGGACUUUCUUCUCCGUCUCCGUCUCCGUCUCGUGUUUGUCCAUGAAUCCCGUUCCGACUACAACCUGAUUCUCGGACCUCAUCUUCUCUCAAUAAAUACUGAUAGCACUCCUCCCUCCUUUGUGAGAUACCACAAGAUCCACCAUGUCGCUCAGACCCUAUCACGAAGAAUCACUGCGCCUGCCGGCCACGGAAGAUGCGGCGUCGGCGGCGACAAAGUGGGACUGGGGGGAGGUUCUCCUUGACCACGUCGCUUACAUGGUGGACAAGAAGAACCACACUUCCGCCGACCUUCGAUUCAAGAGGAACCUGGACGGCAAGGAGGUGGAUGUGCAGGUCAGCUUCUGCUUCGCCAAGCCGCCUCGCGUCUCCUACUUCUGCUGCCACGCCUACUUCCCCGACGACAAGGGAGAAGAUGACACCUGCUUGUUCUUCUGCGAGCCUUACGUGUUCGCCACGGACGGUGACCUUGCCCUCAUCAUCCUCUGCAUCGGCCGCGGCCGUCCCUCCCCCUUUGAUACCGAGAAGAGUAAAUACGAAUACAUCAUCUACAAGGCAGCAACCUUUUUUUUUUUUUUGAAACCUACAAGGCAGCAACCUUACCAGCGGGAAGCCCAAGCUCACCCGGCUCCCGAAAUUUCCCCCCGAAAUGUUGCCGACUACGGGAUGCGACUGCAUCCCUUCCAGUGCCAUUGGUGUCGUGCGUUACCGCAGCAACAUUUCCACACAUGUUCACCCCCAGGAUGAUGCCCUCGCCAAGGAUGAUGCCUACAGAAUCGCAGCUCUUGCCUAUGACUACUUCCACGACUCUAGCAAUAGCCCAUAUGGUCCAUACUACAUAUGCACUUACGACUCCCAGGCCAAUGAUUGGAUCCGCAAACCAGCUGCUAUUCCACAGCCGCCGCUGCCAUCUGACUAUGGCGCUGUUUGUUUCAAAAGUUCCAGGAUUUUUUUAGUUCCAACUAAAAAGUCCUUAGUCCCUAUCCUUUUCAUGGACUAAAGUCAUUAAAUAACAUGAAAAAAACCAUGUUACCCUUAGUAA